CUUUACGACCACUGGGACUUUGCGAGCCAGAGCCAGAGCCACUCUGGCCAGGAAGCAGGGCAGGUGGGGAGGUUGAUGCCCGGCGGCGGUUCAAUCGCGGCGUCUAGCCGGCUUUUCUCCGCGGCGGAGCAAAGGGGGUUCCGAGAAGCCGCAGGGUCGUUAUCCAGGAGUGGGUCGGGAGUCUCCAGCGGCAGCAGAGGCGGAGGAGGUGGCCCCGGGCCGAGUGGAGGCCCGGGGGGCACAGCGGGAAAGAUGAGCUUGACUCCGAAGGAGCUCUCGAGCCUGCUGAGCAUCAUUUCGGAGGAAGCGGGCGGCGGCAGCACCUUCGAGGGCCUGUCCACGGCCUUCCACCACUACUUUAGCAAGGCCGACCACUUCCGCCUGGGUUCGGUGUUGGUCAUGCUGCUGCAGCAGCCCGACCUGCUGCCCAGUGCGGCGCAGCGCCUCACCGCGCUCUAUCUGCUUUGGGAAAUGUACCGGACCGAGCCGCUCGCAGCCAACCCCUUCGCUGCCAGUUUCGCGCACCUACUCAACCCCGCGCCGCCCGCCCGCGGCGGCCAGGAGCCGGACCGGCCACCGCUCUCAGGAUUUUUACCUCCUAUAACUCCACCAGAAAAGUUUUUUCUUUCCCAGCUGAUGCUGGCACCACCAAGGGAACUCUUCAAAAAGACCCCUCGCCAGAUUGCAUUGAUGGAUGUUGGAAACAUGGGCCAAUCUGUGGACAUUAGUGGGCUUCAACUAGCCUUAGCCGAGCGCCAGUCAGAAUUGCCAACCCAGAGUAAGGCUAGCUUCCCUAGUAUUCUCAGUGACCCAGACCCGGAUUCUUCCAAUUCUGGAUUUGACAGCUCAGUUGCUUCUCAGAUCACAGAAGCUUUAGUCAGUGGACCAAAACCACCUAUUGAAAGCCAUUUUCGACCAGAGUUUAUUCGUCCACCACCUCCACUCCACAUUUGUGAGGAUGAGUUGGCUUGGCUAAAUCCAACAGAGCCUGACCAUGCAAUUCAAUGGGAUAAAUCAAUGUGUGUUAAGAAUAGCACUGGUGUAGAGAUCAAACGAAUAAUGGCCAAAGCUUUCAAAAGCCCUUUGUCUUCUCCUCAACAAACACAGCUCCUUGGUGAGUUGGAAAAAGAUCCCAAGCUUGUUUAUCAUAUUGGCCUUACUCCAGCCAAACUUCCUGAUCUGGUGGAAAACAACCCUCUAGUUGCUAUAGAAAUGUUGCUGAAAUUAAUGCAGUCAAGCCAGAUAACUGAGUAUUUUUCAGUCCUGGUCAACAUGGACAUGUCAUUACAUUCAAUGGAAGUUGUAAAUCGACUAACUACAGCUGUUGAUCUACCUCCUGAAUUUAUCCACCUUUACAUAUCAAAUUGCAUCUCUACUUGUGAGCAAAUUAAGGAUAAAUAUAUGCAGAAUCGUUUGGUGCGUCUAGUUUGUGUUUUUCUCCAGUCCUUGAUCCGUAACAAAAUAAUCAAUGUGCAGGACUUGUUUAUCGAGGUGCAGGCAUUCUGUAUUGAAUUCAGCAGGAUACGAGAAGCUGCUGGUCUUUUCCGGUUGUUGAAGACACUGGAUACUGGGGAAACACCUUCUGAGACCAAAAUGUCAAAGUAAUACCUCAUCAGAACCACCCCAUUCAUUGUUCAGCUGUACUGUGAUUUAAUUUUUAAAACUGUUAUAACCUUGAGUGGAUUGCUUGGUCUAGUGUGUAUAAACAACACUUU